ACAAACUUUGUCAAUCCAUGUUACACGUCUCACAAAAAUGUCUGGUCAUCUUCAACCGCCACUAAAAGUUAAAGAGGAGGAUAGCAGCUUACUACAGGAAGUUAGGGUGGCGCGCUUCACAAAUUUUCUCCUUCUCAAAAUCACCACACCAUGGCAGCACUAGCUCAAGUCUCUGCUUCUCUCGCCCUGUCCAUUCACGAUAUUAGUGCUGUUAGGCCAUCAAGAACCCGCCUUCCCAUUUCUCGACUACCCACUUCUAGUCUUGCACGAAAUGGGACUGCUUUCGCUACUGGGUCUCCACUCUUGAUAUCAAGAACUUCUCGUCAGAAAAAGGCUGCAGGGAGAGCAACAUUUGUUUCUGUAAAAUGUGAGAGAAGUACCCAGGAGGGCAGCGGUGUGGAUGUAUGGAUUGGACGGCUUGCAAUGGUUGGCUUUGCUGGGGUCAUUAUUGUUGAAAUCGCUACAGGAAAGGGACUUUUGGAGAAUUUUGGACUCACAGCCCCCUUGCCUACGGUGGCCUUGGCAGUAACAGGAUUGAUGGGUGUUUUGACAGCUGUGUUUAUCUUCCAAUCGGCCUCUGAGAAUGUUUUAACUAACUUUAGUAUGGGCGCAACCAUAUCCCGACUUGCAAGAAGAUUCCUUCCGAGGACUGAAAUUAGGAUUGUCAUGGUGGGGCUUGAUGCAUCUGGGAAAACAACCAUUCUGUACAAACUAAAGCUGGGAGAAAUUGUUCUUACGGUACCUACAAUUGGUUUUAAUGUGGAGACGGUGGUGUACAAAAAUAUAAGUCUCACCGUAUGGGAUGAAGGAGGACAGAAAAAGAUUCGGCCUCUAUGGAGAUACUACUUUCAGAAUUCCCACGGACUCAUCUAUGUUGUGGACAGCAAUGAUAGGGGGAGAAUUUCAGAAGCUCGCAAUGAGCUACUUCGCAUUUUAUCUGAUAUCGAACUGAAGUAUGCCAUCCUGCUUGUCUUUGCCAACAAGCAAGAUGUUCCGAAUGCUAUGUCUGUUUCUGAGGUUGUUGAUAAGUCUGGACUACCUCCUCUUAAACAGCGUCGCUGGCAAGUCAAUGUGUCAAGUUCUUAGAUUGGAGCUUGUCUCCUUUUCUCAUUUCACUCAUUUCUCCUUUGUCGUCGCAUGCGUGCCAACAAUUGCUCAGCUUGAAAGGCGGCAAUUUGGAUUACUUUCUGCAGAUACAUUCAAAGCUCUUCUGCCACUUCAGGACGUAGACUAUACGAAGGUCUGGACUGGCUAUCUAACAAUAUCUCUAACAAGGCAGCAUAACAUUAGAAAUCAUUCCCGAUUUCUGCAGGAAAACUGAAGGGACGUUUAAGGUUGCAGCGUCAUCUUCCUUGCCAAAUCGGCUAGAUCAGAAUCAUUGCACGUUCAGAGGGCGCUCAAUAAGAAUCUUGUAACAUCCCCACCUAUUUUGAGUUGCAA